UCGGUCGGUCGGUCGGUCGGUCGGUCGGUCAGUCGGUCGGCGGUGAUUCUAAUGAGGAGUCGGGCGAUCUCUUGCAGUAUAAGCAUAUAUACUGGACCCCCUUUUGUGUGCUUGUUUUUUUUUUGGCGGCAACCUAAUAGGGUUGAAUAGGUACACAAGUGCCUUUACUAGGCUAAACGUCUAAAAAAAAUAAAAGAGGACGUUAUAAAUGCACUACUGCUUUACAAUAUCGAACUUACUGACUAGAAUGUGUGUGAGUGCAAAAACAACGACAAACCUUUUUCUUUUUUAAUUACUCCUCCCUCUCCCUCCUUUCUCUCUCUCGCUCUCUUCCUCUCUUCCUCUCUCUCUUUCUCUCUCUCUUUCACUUGUUUCUUUUCGACACUCGACUUCUUCCCCCCUCCCUCCUUCUUUUUGUAAAUACACACGUGUAUUUUUGUUGUGCCCGGAUGCCUCGGCGCAGCCCAGAAUCUUCUCCAUUUUUACUGUACGUCUUUCUACCCGGACUCCGGAGUACCUUGCUCGCCUUUGCCGUACUAGCGAUCGGCUUCGGAAGCUGGCUGGAAACGACCGAUUCAGUCGACAACUGUGCCUUUCGCAGCAAUCUUGCCCUUCAAAAAGUCUCCUUGCUACGAAACCUGUCGAGCGAUACCCUUUCACCCGACAUAGUCACCUUUGGCCUGUGGAAACAUUGCUUCAUUUAUGCCCUUAAUUGUACUUGUGCACCAGCCCGUUUAACCUAUGAGCCAGAGUUCUCGACAAUCCUUGAAGCAGCAAUUGGUAACCAUACAGCUAUUCCGCUGAGCGACGACCAAACUUCUUUAUGGCGAGUCGUGCCUCUGGCCAUCGGAACGGCCUUUGCCGGCGUUGCAUUUAUAUAUGGCCUUGUGAUCCAUCGACUCGUUUACUGCAACAAGAACAAAAACGACACCGAAACAACAACAACUCGUAAACAACUCAUACUGCAAUGGAGUAAUGCCGGCAUUAUACUGGUCACUACCAUUCUCGUCGCCAUUGGAUUCGGUUAUUCUUACCAGCAAUACUCGUCCGGCAUCCGUAGUGCAUGUGAUCAACUGGACAAUUCUUAUUGUACGGCCGUUCACUCUGGGGUGGAAUUCACUGUGUUGAUUGUUGGCAUUGUGCUUGCCGGUCUGUCUUUGUUAUUAUGGGCCUAUGUACCCCGUCCUCAUAACCAACAACAACAACAACAAAGAACGUCCGGGUAUUAUAACGCGUCGUCGUCAUCCAUACAAAAAGGCGGAGGAGGAGGAGGCUAUGAUUCAAGUUAUGUCGGUGAUAAUCAUAGACGAAACACACCCACUUUGGAUGUACUUGAACCUUGGCGAGACGUUGCACUUUUUGACGAUAAAGUACGUACAGUCACCAACAACAACAACAAUAACAACGCAUAUCGACCGAUUGAAGACCAUGCGUUGGACGAUUAUGAUGGUAAUGGUGGCGUUGUUGGAGGACCCUUACCACCACCACCUUCCAAUAGACGUCGAUCAACACAAACACAUUAUCAUCAUCAUCCUCCUCCUCCUCAGAACAAUCAUCAUCCAUAUUAUCAAGGACGAGAAGAUUUACAGCCUCCUUCACGGCCCUACGUCUCUUCUCCACGUCGUGCAAGCCAUGGAUCGGGCAACACCUUUGGCGCCAACAACAUGCUUCGUCAUUCGCGUGGCUCAUCCAUGAUGAUGGAAGAAAACGACUAUUAUUAUUCAUCCGGCGCUGAUAGUGAUGGUAACCAUUCGCCUACACGACCCUCAUCACGUCGUCGAUCGAGCAGUGCCAUGAGUCCACAUCCUCAUAGCCCACGACGACGUUCACAAUCACCCUAUUCUCGACCGGGUACUGCUCCUUUACCUACUACUACUACUAACAGCAGUGGUAGUCCGACACAACAUCAUCAUCAUCCACUCAACCAGAAAGUAAUUACAGAUCAACGGAUCAGUGCAUAUCUUCAACAGCAACGAUGAUCGCCCUAUCGCCCCUUAUUUUUCUUUUGGCUUCUCCCUACUAUGAACUUUGCCGCCAACCAUCCACCAUCCACCAACGAAACUACUACUACUACUACUUCUACCUCCUACUUUACUACCUCUAUCUUCAUCUAACCUAAAUCUACUAUCGCGUCAUUCUAUAUAUUUUGUGAAUAUCUAAAACAUUCUAAUUGUGUCUUAUAUACAUAACCUCACACCAAACACCUCAACUUCUUUUUCUUUCUACCUGCCUAUUCUCCCCUCUUUCAUAUACAUAACUCUCUCUCUCUCUCUCUCUCUCUCUCUCUCUCUCUCUCUCUCUCUCUCUCUCUCUCUCU